UUACCAGUACACAGCUCACAGUGUGCGGACUGGACUGGACUGGAGGAGCUGUACACAUACAGCCGAGGAGAAGGGAAUACUAAUGACUGUGUGCGGGGCUGAGAGACACACACAGCCGCAGUACAUGGACCUGCACUCCGUCAUGUGAUUAACCUUCCCACGGUGGCUUCAGUUUUAUAUUUUUAUUUUCUUGUUUUGGUUGCGUUUUGUUUGGUAGGUUGAUCAGGCGGCGUGUGUGCGACUUUGCAAGGGUGGAUUUGUAUUAAAGUGCUGCAGGAGGAGGAAAACAAGGACGGAAGACAGUUCGCAGGCAGAAAGGGGGUAACGCUGAGUUUUGGAGAAGGAGGAAGGGCACAGUUUGCCAGAAUCAUCAAGAGCUGCUUUUUCUUUUAAUGCUCCUAGACACACCAAGGGAUAUCGGAUCAACGGCCGUUUUUACUCACCUAUACCAGUUUCAUCACAAGUGGUGCUCAGUCGAUUGUCCAUCCAAAGCAGAAGAGAACAUUUGUGCGCAUUAGCAGUCUCGGAGGCAACCCCUCAACAAUGGAAUUUCAGAAGCAUUAAAGGGAUCGACAAAAGACCAGGGAACAGGGAAAGCAACCGGAACAAAAGGAGAGGGCCGACUGGGGGUGCUCUCGCAAAAGCCUCAUUCUUCGGAGCUCUGAGGGGGGUGUGCAUGCUGCCCCCUCAACUGGACAUCCUUCUUUGCGAAAACAAAAGCAAGUAUGCGCAAUAAACUGGAGGAGUUCCGGGAUGCAGGCUGCCACCCCGUGUCGAGACUGGGGGGCAGGACUAAGGUACUGCUCCUGCUGUCGCUAAUGCUGAUCACAGAGGCCCAGGCCUCGUGGCCCCAGGGGGCCGUGGAGGUGCUGGGGGACAUGACGCAACUGGAGGCCUCCAUGCACUCCACGCUGCUCUCUGACCUGCACGAGGUGCAAGCCGCCGUGUCCUCGGCGGCGCAACCUAGUGGCUUCCCAGACUCCUCCGCGGUGGUGGGGAGGCUCUUCCAGAUGCCGAUUCCCAUAAAAACGACGGACGCUGGCAGCAAGGUCAAGAUCACAGAGGCAGAAAAAGAUACCCUACCAGCCUGGUUGCACUGGGAUCCGGUGAGCAACACCCUUCAGGGGCUUCCCUUGGAGGCAGACAAGGGUGUACACUACAUGUCCGUCUCCGUUAAUAAUGAGACCCACGUGACCCAGAGCCCGGAAGUAUUCUCCAUCGAGGUGCAUCUAGAAGAACAGGCUGAUGUGGAUCCCAUUCAGUUAGCCAUCCAGUCGACCAACAGCGACUCUGAACCCUUUGUCUGUGCCAGCGAAGAACCCGUUACCUUGCUGACGGUCAUUUUGGACGCAGACCUCACCAAGAUGAACUCCAAGCAGAGAGUGGAGCUCCUGUCCAAUAUGAAAAAGUUCUCGAGGGUGAGGCUUCAGAACAUGAAGAUCUUGCCCGUCGUUAAUAAUCGCUUGUUCGAUAUGUCUGCGUUCAUGGCUGGGCCAGGAAAUGCUAAAAAGGUCGUGGAAAAUGGUGCUCUGCUGUCCUGGAAAUUGGGCUGCGCUUUGGAUCAAAGUAACAUUCCGAAUAUUAGCAGUGUUCAGGUUCCAGCAAAGGAGGGUACAAUGUCAGCACAGUUGGGAUACCCGGUUGUGGGAUGGUACAUUGCGAACAAGAAGCCUCACGUACCUAAAAGGGUGCGUCGGCAGCUUAACAACUCCCCUACUCCCGUGCCGUCUUUGCUUCCUCCGACGACGUACCCGGAGCCAUCCAGCCGUAUCGUGCCCACGCCCACGUCGCCAUCAGUCGGACCGACCACAGAAAGUUCCGCACCACCAGUUCGGGGCCCUGUACCACUCCCUAUGAAGCCUACCAUUCGCCUCAGAGAAACGACCGUCCAUACCCCCACAAUGGGACCACCCCAACCCACAAGGAUUAUGGACACCACCAGCACUGUUGUCAUACAGCCCACUCUGACAAGGACAUUCUAUCCCGGGCCGUCGGUAACUCCACCAACACCGACCACCAAGAAACCAACCAAAAAGCCCAAGAAACCCAAGACCACCACCGCGGCGCCGAAGGAGCCGAAGACGACCACGGCCAAACCUCCACGUCUCACGACUCCUUCGGCUGCUUUACCAGAUUUCAAUACAAAACCAGAACUGCGCAACCCCAUCGAUCAAGUCAGGGCGUACAUCGGCACGUACUUCGAGGUCAAGAUUCCGUCGGACACCUUCUUCGACAAGGAAGACGGUACAACAGACAAGCUGAGGCUAACUCUGAGAAAGAACAAUGACAUCGUUGGCGAGGACUCGUGGAUUCAGUUUAACAGCACCAGCCAGUUGCUGUAUGGCCUACCAGACUGGCAGCAUGAGGGCAAGCAUGAGUACUUCAUGCAGGCUACAGACAAGGGCGGUCUUUACACCACGGAUGCCAUCGAGGUCCGUGUCCUUCGCUUUGCAAACAAUUUUAAGCCUCCGGUCCUGUUUGAAGCUCGAUUCGAAGGGGAACCUCGAUCGGUUACAAAUGAUAUUCACAAGAAGAUCCUCCUGGUCAAGAAACUAGCCUAUUCCUUUGGCGAUCGCAAUUCUAGUUCAAUCACGCUAAAGAAUAUCACCAAGGGAUCCAUCGUAGUCGAAUGGACAAACAGCAGUCUCCAGCAACAUCCCUGUCCCAAGGAGCAGAUCCAGGCCAUGAGUCGAAAAAUCUCCGAUGCUGAAGGCAACCCUUCAGUGAUGUUUACAAAUGUCAUGGUGUCUGACUUCAAGCCCCUCAAGCCUAUCACUGUCAAGGGAACAGGAAGCUGCAGCAAAUACGUGUUUGUUCCUCCAGGUGAGAGACAGGAUCCGACUCCUCCUGCCGUUACCCCUGCUGUCGGAGCAGGCAGACAGAGCAACGACGACGUUUAUCUUCAUACGGUCAUACCAGCCGUCGUCGUUGCAGCGAUCCUUUUGAUCGCGGGCAUAAUUGCCAUGAUCUGCUAUCGCAAGAAGCGCAAAGGGAAGCUCACCAUAGAGGACCAGGCGACCUUCAUCAAGAAAGGAGUGCCCAUCAUAUUCGCUGACGAAUUCGAUGACUCGAAGCCGCCUCCGUCGUCAAGCAUGCCGCUCAUCCUUCAAGAGGAAAAACCUCCCCUUCCUCCCCCUGAGUAUCCCAACAUGGCUACGCCAGAGACAACCCCUCUAAACCAGGACAUUCUGGGAGAGUACUCGGGCCUUCAAGACGAGGACCCCAAUGCACCUCCUUACCAGCCUCCACCUCCCUUUUCCAUCCCGAUGGAGGGUAAAGGGUCUCGCCCCAAGAACAUGACCCCAUACAGAUCACCACCCCCAUACGUCCCACCCUAAUGUUAGCAGACGCCUCCGUAGGUGGAGGUCGGGGAACUGGUUUGGUUCCAACUCCAGUGUUGUCUCUUUUUUGGCAUUUUUGGAUGUUGGAAGGGGCAAAGCAAUUUUGAGACAUUUGAUGGGAAGGGUUGAAAUGAUUUUAAACUGGACUCUUUG